CGUGUCGCGCGUUGCGAUGCUCUCUCGCGCGCGCGCCAGUUUCUUUGUCAUUUCCACACGGAAGGAGCGCCCCGAGCGGAAGCCGGAUCGCCGACGAAGAGAACGUUACGACACCUCGGGCAAUUCCACCGCGGCUUCGUCGGGUGUAUACAUCCGGCUUGGCAACGGGGUGGUGCGACUUUUUCCCGAGAGCGGGAAAAGCGGGAAGUUUCGCGUGAACUCGAAGGUUUUCGCGGUCAUGAGUCUCGAGACAGAUUCGGCCAGCAAACCGGUGAAAGAGACCAAGUCGGCAGUUGAGACGAUUAAAACUGAUGUUGCGUUUCGUAACUUUACUAUCAGAAUGUCCGAUGAUGUAUAAUUUUUUCCCCGAGGCGGAAACGUACUGUCAAUUACUAAGUUGAAGUGGAGAGUAUACUUCGAGGAAAAACCCUUUGUGUGGACACACAGAAGAACAAUGGAUAAAACCUGGGAUAUAUAAGAUAGUAUUGUCUCAUGGCGAGAGUGGAGAAAGUAUAAAGAAAGAAAAGGCGUAAUAUAACAUUUAAAAGGAAUUUUAGUUCUUCUGAUAAUAAGAAGAGACAUAAAAAAUAAGAAAUUAUACACAUGAAUACAAAUAGGAAAAAUCAAAGUUCGAAAAGUAUACAAUUUUCAUGAUGCAAAAUAUGUUGGCCAGUGUAAUAAAUGGCGGUAAAUGACGGUAAAGACGGAACUACUGCACCAGGCGAAUUCGCGUAAGAGGAACUUGCACUCGAAUAACCGCGCGGCCUGCUGCAUACAGUUGCUGAUUAGAUCGCUCUUAAUAUCGCGGCACGGUGUAAUUACGCAAGCAACCGAAGACAUGGGCGAGAGUGAAUUAAGCUCAACGAAGUGGAACCGAGUGCGCAUUUAACCGGAAUGGCUGAAUCGAACCUCGCUGGAUUCACGCGUUGUGUGUACACACAGAGGCGACCCGCAUUGAGAGGCGCCGCCGGCACGUCCGGAAUUCAAUUGUCCAAGAUAGGAUCUUACGUGAGUGAGAAUCGAGAGGAAAUCGUGAAACUCACAAGAAAGCCGGGAUCUACACUGUUCGUGAAAAGCUCAACUCCGCGACAUCAAUAUCAAAAUGAAAGUCAGCAAGAAGAAGAACAAGCCGGAGACACGAAGAGCGUCAUCGUGGUGUCGAACACAGCGAGAACAGAAUUUUACAACAGCCCCGAUGACAUACGAUGAUCACCAGCCGUGAAUCGGGAACGUCUCAUCUUUGUUACUCGUUUUCGCGAAGAUGUUGGAGUACUUGUGGAUGGCGAGCAACGAAACCAGGCAGAAUGACAGCGACGUGGCGAUUGACGAGGUGCUCCAACAUCCUGGACUGGUGAUCCUCUUCGUGGGUUAUCCACCGUGGUUGUUGUACUUCGCCGCCGCCUGUUGCAUCCUUUUCAUGCUGGUCGGCAUCCCGGGAAACCUCAUCACGGUGGUCGCGUUAUUUCGCACCAAGAAGCGGAAGAACGCCACCGCUGUCUUCAUAAUGAAUCUCUCGUUGUCUGACCUGAUGUUCUGCUGCUUCAAUUUACCGCUCGCAACUUCGACGUUCUGGCAUCGUGCGUGGCUUCAUGGGCCACUACUGUGUCGGCUGUUUCCGCUCUUGAGGUACGGUCUCGUUGCGGUCAGCCUCUUCAGCGUCCUCGCGAUCACGAUCAAUCGCUACGUACUAAUCGGUCACCCUCGUCUCUAUUCCACGCUGUAUAAGACGAAGUACUUAAUACCGAUGGUUCUGGCGAUAUGGAUCGUGGCUUUCGGCGUGCUGAUCGUCACGUGGUUCGAGCGAUGGGGGCGUUUUGGGCUAGAUUCCGCUAUCGGGUCCUGCUCGAUCCUGCCUGAUGUGAACGGGCGCAACCCGAAAGUGUUCCUGUUCGUCCUCGCAUUUUUAAUGCCGUGUCUCGCCAUCAUCGUGUGUUACGCCAGGAUCUUUUACAUCGUUCGCAGAACUUCCUUGAAGAGCAGAGGCGGGAAUAGAAUCGCCAACGUGGAAACUGCCGAGAUCAAUCUCGAGCAACGAUCCUCGUCCACGAGGAAUCAAGAGAGAGAGCUCUCGAUUCUGCGCGGGUCUGCCACACCGAUGCAAUCGGUCGGUGGUCCGGAGGAAGAGGCCGACGAAGACUCGUCCUGCUCCAAGCAGCUGCUCGGCGACCGACGAGAAACGAAUGGCACGUUGCGCGUAACCGAGGCGGCUGUGAGCAAAGUCCGCCUGGAUCCGAACUGCGGCGCCAGCUGUGACACUUUCCACGGGAGUCUGACGUCCACUGCGGAGGACAUACCGUUCGCGGACGAGCCGGAUGCCACUGCGAAGCGGCUCCUGAACAAGAACUCGGGUGAGCCACAACGUAAGCUAUCGAGAAGCUCCUCCUGCAGACGGCUGGAUAGGAUGACCAACCGGCCCUCUUUCAUCAUGGAGUCGUCGCUGUGGGGACGCGCCGACGACGACCGCCUGAGUCGACUGGAGACCUUCGUGGGCUCACGAUCGCACUCGCCCGAGCGGUCGUCCUUCGCGAAACAGGCGAUCCGCAGAGAGUCGAAGUUCCGCACCGUCGUCGGUAAAAUACGCAACGGCGAGUCCACGCCCGGGUUGUCCGCAAAGGACCGGAAGGUGCUGCAGAUGAUCCUCGUGAUAUUCUCGUCGUUCCUGGUAUGUUACCUGCCGAUCACCGUCACCAAACUCGUCCACGACAUGGUCGACUGGCGCGGCCUGAACAUCGCUGGCUACGUACUCAUCUACUUGACCACCUGCAUCAAUCCCAUCAUCUACGUAGUGAUGAGCUCUGAGUACAGAAGCGCGUACAAGCACGUACUGCUCUGCAGGCGCGAAAAGACGACGGGCAAAAGGUGGUGGUGGUGGUGGUGGUGGCGGCCUGGUUCGUUAAUGCCCAGUUGAACGUGCGAAUAGAUUGUCAUGCAACGACAUAUAGCUAUAACGGAUAACGAUACAGAGACAAGGGUACACCUGAAAUAAAUAGGUGAGAAUGAAUAAGACUACGUAGACGUGUACGUAUAAUUUGUGUUUGUAUAAUUUGUCUUUGUUCCUCCCGUGGCGUUUUUGUGUGACUAACUCCAUGAUUCGGAACGGCACACUCUCACAUUUUAAGAAUGUUUCCAUUUCUGUAUUAUUAAGAAACUAGAGAACAUUAAGAGAUAUCUUUAAGAUAUCUAGAAAAGAUUUGAAAACUGUAGUAUCUAGUUGAAAGAUCUAUUCUUGUAAUUAAUUUGUGUAUAAGUUUUAUGUAUAAGUUUUCAACAUGUAUCGGGACAUUUUUCCUUUUCCAAGUUAUCUCUGUAUUUUCGUUUAUCCGAGAUUCGAACCUCUCUAGCCGUGACUCGAACCACUUUUUUUUUUUUUCACAUCUUCCCUCUCGGAUAAAUUUCUAUCCUAAUUGUUUGAUUAUAGUACGUGGAAUACAGGAAUUGUAGUAAGAAUGAUAAAGGUGAAGAUUACUUACCUGCAAUUAUAUCGUCAUCUGUCUAUCGAACUGUGCGAAAAGAAACAACACAUUCGAGAGAUUACUUGUGAAAUAAUAUUAAACAUCAUUUACUACAACGCUGCAAUUAAUGCUUUUAAUAGAUCUCGGCCUAUUUAUUCUCGUUCUAUAAUAAUCAGUUUCCUCCUUACUCUCAGUAGUGCCGCGCUACGAUGAUCAUGACGUCGAAUGUAAUAAUCCGUGAUAACAAUAAUCAGGACAAUAACCAUGAGCCGUUGGUUGUAAAGUGGCGUCGGCUUACCUAAUUUAUUUAAAAUCCACGGUAAGAGAACAAUGAUAUCUUCGUCGCAUCCUCGUCCAUCUCAUUUUCUUGCGGAACGUGUCUCAGGUCCCAUUAGGGACGGGCGAUAUCGAAGAACAGGGUUCGUGUCCAAAUAAUAAUCAAUCAUAGAGAAGAACAUUAUCACGAAUGAAUCUCGAAACAUGAAGGAAUAACCGAUUCAUAUUUUUUAUCUUUACCAUUUGAUAUCUAACACAUGAUCCGAUCGUCUUUAACGAGAUAUCAAGAUCGUAGCACGACUCAACGACGGAUCAGAGGAUCAUCGUUUUAUAUCUUCAAAUAGUAAAAAAUUCAACGGCAAGUCAGAUGAACUUUUAAUAGACUUUUUAUAGACUCAUCUGAUCCAAUGAUGAAUCGUAUCACUGAAAAGUGAAAAAUCGUGAGCAGAACAGAGGCUUCGAGGCUUCAAUUCGUCGUAAGUGAAGUACGCCCGCGAUAUACAUUCGUCGAUUCCUCGGCCGUACAUCGCCCAUCUCUAAGUCCCUCGUCGCGACCACGAUGGACGGUCCACCGAUGAGCCGCCAUGCGAGCCAUUUUACAAUCGCACGCUCGUGUGCAGUAACGCUAUCAAUAAUCGUACAAUAUGCAUAUAUGAACAGAACUGUAACUAUCGAAGGAUCGAGUGCAGAUUAGUCGCGCGCGAUAGUCCACGUUCGACGGGCGUCCUCGCGUUCACGACUCCGCGCCAUUUGAUCAACGCCAUCGCAAUUCGAGAUCGCGCAAUGUGCCUCGGCAUUUCCUCUCUCUCUCUCCUUCCCUUCCUCCCUCUCUUUCUGUCUGCCUCUCUUUCUCGCGAACGGCGGCUGAAUCGGAGUUACGGAUAAAAUCGGGGCUGCGCCGUGGUCGAGUGGCGCGUAACAUCAUCGCCGUUUCAGUCGUUAUUUUCCGUCGACUGUAAACAACGAUGCGCUUCUCCGAACGAUCGUAUUUCCGGCAUCACCGUUAGGCGAGAAACAGAUAGAGAGAGCGAGAGGAAAAAUUCUGUAAGCCGAAUCUCUCUCUCGAGGAAGACUCCACGCGCCGGGGGCGAGUAUCGGGUUCCGCGCUGUCGGAAAUCGGAUAGCGCGCGUUUCGAAACGACGAUCGACGAGGCGCAGCUUCGUGCCCGACGACGACGACGGGAGAUACGACGGAUGGGCGAUUUUCGUGGGCGCCGCGACCGGAUAACGCGCUUUCCGCUCGUUCGCGCGGCUACAAACGCUACAACGCAUAUAUUCCUAUAUGUUUCUCUCUUUCUCUCUCUCUCUCUCUCUCUCUUUGUGUGUGUGUGUGUUUUAAUUUUUUUUCGUUUUCCCCUCGCUACGAUAAAACUAUGCGAAAUUCAAAUGCAAAACGUCCCGUGAGAACGUGCAGAACGCCAGUCACGCGAUGGAGAUACGAAUGGCUCGUGAAAUAAACAUGCUCCGCCACUCUCUCCUAUAUUAUAUAGACUCUGCAUUUUAUAUCUAUAUCUUCAUAUAUUUAUACUUAUAUAUAUAUUUUUUCUUAUUUUAUAUAUAUAUAUAUAUAUAUAUAUAUAUAUAUAAUUUUUCUCUCUGUCAGUGUGUUUGUGUAUCGUCUCUUCUUUUUGUCUUAUUUCUUCCCUUUCUCCUCCGCGCUUUCUCUCUGAAAAUCACUAAACUAAGGACUAGUUAAUAGUAGGAUUAACUUUAACUAUAUGUGUAUUCUCAACAAGCCAGUCUAGCUUUUCGACGUGUCACCUGCCGUAGACGAUCGUCAGAGCAUGAAGGAAACGCUUGAACACUCGGGAUGACUCGCCGUUUGGUGUUGGGAAACAAAUGCUCGGUCACGGCGCGGCGAGACCGCGAGGGAUGAUCUCGAGCGCACGUCUCCGGAGCGCACUCACCGCUAAAUGAUGGCCGCUCGAUCGGCGCUUCAACGUUCGACGCGACCGCCCCUCGCCCGCUCGCUCGCUCGCUCCUUCGUUCGUUCGUUCAGGCUACGCGCGAAGGACACCUUUUGUUAUCUACAACGACUUUAGGCGGCGUUCUACUCAUUUGCGAUACGUACGCCGGCUGAUGCGCGAGCUGCGUCUUGAUCCGACGACACCUUCACGCGCGCGCGCGAUAAUCAGUCACGCCAGGCUCACGAAUGAAUUUGAUUGCGAGUGAUUCGAGCCAGCCAGCUUCUCAAUUACUCAAUUACAAUACUUCAUGUAUAUACAUCGUGGAAAAUUGCUCAUUCGCGGGCACUGCGUAUACAUGGUCAAUUACAAAAAGGUUGCAACCUAUACUUUUUCUUAAUAAACUUCGAAACGCAUCCGGCAUCCAAUAAGAGAAUCUGUUUCGUAGUAAUUCUCAGGAGAUACAUUUUCCUUCCGGAUACGAGAGGCGUUGUGAAACUCAUCGAGGGAAAAGUUGUUGCAACCUUUCUCGUGACCAUUCCUCCGCACCUCGUUUGAAUCUAUUGGCUAGAUUUUUCCUCAUCAUAUCAUUUCGCGUCAUUAGCACGCAAUAUAAUUGAUCGUGCCGCACACAGCGAGCCCUUUUGAUUGGAGCGCAGUGAAAGGGUUGAGUCGACGACGAAAGAGACUACUUCACGCGAUGUCGCUGACUCGGCACCGAAUGAAGCUACAAGUUAGGAAAAGUCGCGCCUCUCGACAACAACCUCGUUUUCAACAAGCGGACUCUCGGCGGAAGUCGCGUUUCGUCUUCUAACCGGAACGAAGAUAUGAGAGUUUCUAUCGGCGCCGCUCGUGCAUCGCACGUCCACAUCUCGCUUAUCAAUAUUGAAAAAUACAAUUAUGAGAGAGACAAUAAUACGUUUACACGUGGGCUGCGGCGGCGGGCGGGCACGGUCGCGACGCGAAUUCGAUUAAGGCGGGCAACGCCGAAACGCCGAACGCCGAGGGCGUGACUAGAGUUUUGUCUUGCUUCGUCCUGUUCCGUGGUAAAAACGCCUUCGUCCUUAGCGGAUCGAGAACGCGCGCUCUGAUUUACGGUCGGUCCUAAUUUACCUACCUCUUAAGUAUACACGCUGUGUGUAUGUGUAUGUGUGUAAUACGAAAAACGUACCGAGCAAGUUUUUUGCCCGCUCGCUUUUGUAUCAAGAUGCAAGGAGAGCAGCGUAUUCGAUGAGAACAUAGGGCGGUAUUUAUAGUUGGGUCUCUUGUACUUAAGCUCAUAUGAAGUUCAUCCCCGGGAGAAAAAAUCUUUCAUAUAUUAUUAUAUAUUAUGAUAUAUAUAAGGCGUCAUAUAUAUAUAUAGAAUAUGGCCAUGUGUGAAAAUG